GACCAACUUGUUUAAACUGUGUCUCUAUAUAGACACACAAAAUUCGUCUCUACAACCAUUCCAUGAUUUAAUAUUAAUUCCAUACAAAUAUUAACAGCUUCAAAGAAAAAGAGAAGUCAGCAAAAUGGAGAACAUUUUUUCAAUAUCAGCAAUUAGUCCUUCAUUAUUGGGCAAGAAAAUAGCUGAUGACCUCAAUCAAUUCUUUUGUAUCAUUUUAAGAUGUACAAUUCUCAGCAUCCUAAGCACAUUUCAAGAUUUAUCUUCUUGUUUUUCUUUUUCACUCCGAGCAAUACUUUUGUUCUUCAUCACUCUCCGAAGCGCAUUGACUCGAGGUGAUCAUGAUAAUAAUCCUCCCGAUGCUAAAAAUUGUGGACAUGAUAAUUGCGAUAACGACGAAUUAAUGAAGGAAGAAAUUGUUGAGGUAGUAAUUAUGGAUAAACUAAUAAGUUUAUGCAAUUCAAAUGAGAAUAAAACAGAGUAUGCAGAGGUUUCGAGUUUAUUUGACGAAGUAGAACCUAGUUUUGAAGAAAUUAAAGAAGCUUUUGAUGUGUUUGAUGAAAAUGGAGAUGGAUAUAUUGAUGCAAGUGAGUUGAUGAAACUUAUUUGGAGAAUGGGUUUAUCCGAAUAUUCGAUGAACGAUUGCAAGAAGAUGAUUAUGGCCUUUGAUGAAAACAGAGAUGGAAAAAUUGAAUUUUCUGAAUUUUUGAAGCUCAUGGAACAGAGCUUUCGGGAUCCUGUAGAGUUAGACUGAGUUUUAUUUUUUUUAUUUUUAUACCGUACUGCUAUUAAGUAUU